GCAAAUAACCCUGGGGACAGGCGUUGUAGCCCCCUCCUCAUCAGCACACACACACACAAGGCAGAACCUGCUGCUUCAUCCACCCACACACACAGACUGAUACUUUCUCGUUCAGCUCUCGUGUCCAUACACUGCUUCACGUGCAAAAACAUGGCUGACAAACCCAACAUGACGGAAAUCACAUCCUUUGAUAAAACUAAACUCAGGAAGACAGAGACCCAAGAAAAGAAUCCCUUGCCAACCAAAGAAACUAUUGAACAGGAGAGGCAAGGAGAGUCCACGCCUUGAUCGCUGCCCUUAACUACAGUCACACACAAGAGACUGAAGUGAAUGACUGAGAUCAACAGAAGAGAGACUCGAACCAGUAACUGAUGUGCCAUUUGUUUUAAAGUUUUGUUUGUUUGUACGAGAAUUAAAUAAAAACGUACUGAUGUAUUUCA